GGGAGGGGGGUGGGUACCAGGCUCAGGCUCGCAGGCAGCUUGUCUCUCCUUCCCCAGGGCGGGGGGAGAGCGGCCGCAGCCCCUUCCCCAGGAGAAUGGCCCUGGUGCUGGGGCUCUGGUUCUGCCUGCUGGGGGCGGCAGGAGCUGCGGGUCCAGUGGCGCAGCACAGCUGGGACAUCCUGUUCACGGGGGUGCAGGGCUCCAAGGGGAUCCCCAACUUCUUUGUGCUCGGGCAGGUGGAUGGUCUGGGGGUGGCCUAUUACGACAGCACCACCCUGGAACUGAUCCCCACCCGGGACUGGAUGCGCCAGGCUGUAGAGCCCGGCUAUUUCCGGAGCAAGACGCAGGAGCUGCUGGGGUACAAAGAGGGGUUCCAGCGCAUCAUGGGCCGGCUGCUGGAGCGCUACAACCAGACGGGCGGGGUGCACACGCUGCAGCUGCGGGUGGGCUGCUCCCUGCGGGACGACUCCCCCCAAGCCGGGGUGCUGCAAUAUGCCUACGACAGCCAGGACUUCAUCGGCUUUGACGGGCAGCGGGGGCUGUGGGUGGCGGCCGUGCAGCCAGCCGUGCUGUCCAAGCGGCGCUGGGAGGCCGACCGGCCCUGGUGCCUGUUCCUGCAGCACUACCUGCAGCAGGAGUGUGUGAAGACGCUGAGGAGCCUCGUCCGGCACGGCAGGGAGACCCUGGGGCGCCAGCUGCCCCCCGAGGUCUCGGUUUCCUGUAGAGAUGCCCCCGACGGCUCCGUCACCCUCUCCUGCCACGCCAGGGGCUUUUACCCACGUCCCAUCCACGUCUCCUGGGUGCGGGACGAAGAAGACAUCCUGGCAGAGACAGACUCCAGCGGGAUCUUGCCUAACGCCGACAGCACCUAUUACACGCAGUCAUCCCUGGAGAUCUCCCUGCAGCAGGACAGGCACCGCUACGCCUGCCGGGUGGAGCACACCAGCCUGCCGGAGCCCACACUCAUCUGGGUCCCCGGUAAGAAGGGCCUCCUGCCCCCUGGGGUCCUGGUCCCGCUCGUUCUGGCCAUGCUGGCUGGGGCUGGUGCCGCAGUAGCCGGUGUUAUCAUGUGGAGGAGAAAUCGCCCAGGCCCUGUCGGACCCAGAUACACCCCAACAGCCUCAGCGGCUGCAGAGGAUGCUGGUCCCAGCGCCGCGUCGUGACGGGAGGGGCCCUGUCCCCACGGAGACCCCAGCGUGGGACCCCAGUGCUCAGCACAGAACGACCCUGCCCCAGCUACGCACCCUGGCAACCCUGAGAUCCCGACCCCCCCGAUCCUCCCGCCCGGGGCGCCGGGCUCCGCGCCCAUCGUGCUCAUGUCUGACAGUGACAGAGACUUGGGGGCAUUGGGAGCAAUUUGUGACGGGGCAUUGGGGGCUGUGUGUUACAGGGAUUUGGGGGUGUCAGGAGCUGUGUGUGACAGGGAUUUGGAGGUGCCAGGGGCUGUAUUACAGGGAUUUGGGGGUGUCGGUGGCUGUUACAGAGAUUUGGACUCAAACACCCUGAGGUUUCUGUUCCUGAGUCCCCGGCUCUCGCAGGUUUUGUGUCUCAUCUCCCUGCCCAGCCACCGUGGGGCCCUUUCCCAGGCUGAUGCCCUGCCUGGGCUUUGCCCCGGUGUCCUGCCCUGAGAUCCCAGCUGUGCUUGCCCUGCACCUGCUCACGGAGCUAAUUCACUCCCUGACUUCACGGAGCAGUUUUGCACAGAUGGUGCUCGGGUUUGUCUUUUACUGUUUAAUACAGCGGUCCCUAAAGGCCCUGGCGGAGAUCAUGGGCCCGUUGUGCUGGGCGCUGCCCAGACCCCGACCAAGAUCAGUGCCCCGUCAUGCCGGGCACUGCCCAGACCUGCAGUGAGAGACAGACCCUGCCCCGAACAGCUCACCAGAUAAACAGCGCAGACAGAUUAAGGCCCCGUCCCUCGUGUCCCAGACCCCUGUGCUCUGGUUCAGCAUUGCUCUGAGCUGCAGGGCCUGGUUCCCCUCUCACGCAGCCAAGCCUCUCCCCGCCCAGCCCCCCUCUCCCCAGUGCCAUCCCUUCCGAUUCACCCUGGGGGCAGCUAGGGGGGAAUCAGCCCCCAAACCCUCGUCCCAGUCAGAGGUGGGCUCUGGCUCUGCUCCCUGCUGGCGUCCACCUCCCCUGGAUCGCUCCAGCCCCGCUUCGUCAGGGUGGAUGCGCACGGCGCAUCCCGCCCCACUGCCCGGUGAACUCAGG